AUGGCUGAUUCUUCACGAAAUCACCAUAGGAAGCAUUCCUCGACAAACGCAGACCCCCGCGCACCAGUUUCAACCGCAAGGAAGACCGCUAUGCCCCCGAACGAGCCCAUGACUCAGUACCCAGGACCAGUGAACGAGAGGAAGGUUCCAAGCGUUCCACCACCUGCUGCGAACAAACCCACUGAGGCCGAGUUCUUCUAUGGAGAAGGCGCAGAACGCAAACCCAACCCAUCAUUCCUCAAGGACCAUUUCUUCAAGGAAGGCCGACUGCUUGAAGAGCAAGCGCUGUAUAUCAUCAACCGCGCGACGCGAAUUCUGGCGAAGGAGCCUAACAUGGUCGAAGUGAAGAGCCCGGUGACAGUCUGUGGCGAUAUUCAUGGUCAAUAUUACGACCUGAUGAAGCUAUUCGAAGUUGGCGGAUCUAUGGCCGAGAACGUUUAUCUGUUCUUGGGCGACUACGUUGAUCGAGGAGACUUUGGCAUCGAGUGUGUACUUUAUCUCUACGCCCUCAAAAUCUGGAACCCGUCCCGGAUAGUCCUACUGCGAGGAAACCACGAAUGCCGACAUCUCACCGAGUACUUUACUUUCAAGAAAGAAUGUCUGCACAAGUACUCCGAAAAGGUGUACGAAGCGUGUAUUCAAUCCUUCUGCGCUCUCCCAGUCGCCGCUCUUGUGGACUCCAAGUUCUUCUGUGUCCAUGGGGGUAUAUCCCCUUCUCUAAUCACCCUCGCCGAUCUGGCAUCCAUGAACCGGUUUCAAGAGCCCGGGUCGCAAGGCCUGCUGUGUGACUUGCUGUGGGCAGACCCAAUCACCAACUAUGGACACGAGACAGAGCCGGGAUCUGGUCCUGCUUUGGCCCCCGGCACCUCGUUCAUCCCCAACUCGACGAGAGGGUGCUCUUACUACUACACCUACACCGCCGUCUGCCAGUUCUUGGAACGCAACAACCUUCUCACUGUUAUCCGUGGACACGAAGCCCAAGAUGCAGGUUAUACGAUGCACAGAAAGACGCCUAAAAAGAACUUCCCUUCUGUGAUUACGAUUUUCUCUGCACCCAACUAUCUCGACGUGUACAAGAAUCGGGGUGCGGUCCUCAAGUAUGCGAACAAGAACAUCACUAUUCGACAGUACAACUCGAGUUCUCACCCUUAUUGGCUUCCAAACUUUAUGGACGCGUUUACGUGGAGUUUGCCCUUUGUCGGUGCCAAAAUCACGGAUAUGUUGCUUGCCAUCUUGAGCAUAUGCAGCGAGGAAGAGCUCGAUACUGAUUCGGACGACGAAGCUAGAGAGGCUCAAGCGGCUGAGGAAAUCCGGCUCAGACGACAGCAGAUCAAAAACAAGAUUCUUGCUGUUGGAAGGAUGCAACGUGUUUUCACUCUUCUCCGAGAGGAAGCAGAAAAUGCCACCGAACUCUCGCCCGCAGCCACGCUACCAAUCUCAGGUUCCUCAACAAGCGUCGACCAACUUGGUGUCUCAGACGCCAAACUCUCGCGCAACAUCCGUUCCUUUGCCGACGCGCGUAAAAUCGAUAUGGCGAACGAGCGGCUACCCGAUUUCGAGCCUAAUACAGCGUCUGGGAUUUUCCCUGCGCCUAGUAUGAAGUUUGGAGGGAUUGAUGGGAAUGUGGAGACGUUGAUUAGGCAGACGUUGAGGGAGGAGUUGAUGGAAGGGUCGGGAGAGUUGAGGACGAAGGAGGAUGAUUUGGUUGAGAAGGUUGCGGAGCGGUUGGCCAAGGGGAGGGCGCUUGGGUCUGGGUCGAGGCCUUCGGCGUUGAAGAGGCAUGGGACUGCUAUUUGA